CGUGUCAUUAUCAGAGAAGAUCCCAGCGAGGUGUCUGUGUAUAUCGCAGACUAUAUUAUCAGCCGCAUCAAGGCAUUCAAUCCGACUCCCGAGCACCCAUUUGUGCUUGGUGUGCCCACCGGUAGCAGCCCUGAGCUCAUCUACAAGAUCCUCGUGCAGCGUCAUCGCGCCGGCGAGAUCUCCUUUAAGAAUGUCGUGACUUUCAACAUGGAUGAAUAUGUCGGUCUGCCUCGCGAUCACCCCGAGUCCUAUCACAGCUUCAUGUACAAGCACUUCUUUUCCCACGUGGACAUCCCCCCGCAGAACAUCAACAUCCUGGAUGGCAACGCGGCUGAUCCUGUAGCCGAGUGUGCAUCAUUUGAAGCACGCAUCGCCCGCUAUGGUGGUAUCGAGCUUUUCCUGGGCGGCGUCGGACCAGAUGGCCAUAUUGCCUUCAAUGAGCCAGGCUCCUCGCUGAACAGCCGCACUCGCGUCAAGACACUGGCCUACGACACCAUCCUAGCAAACUCUCGCUUCUUCGGCGGUGACACCAACAAGGUGCCUCGCAUGGCCAUGACUGUCGGUAUUCAGACCAUCAUGGAUUCCCGGGAAGUGGUGAUUGUAGCCACCGGAGCGCACAAGGCAUUCGCCGUGCAGAAGGGCCUUGAAGAAGGCAUCAAUCACAUGUGGACACUUUCCGCUUUGCAGCUGCACCAGCACCCGCUCGUUGUCUGCGACCGUGACGCUACUCUCGAACUCAAGGUCAAAACUGUGCGAUACUUCGAAUCUAUCGAGCAGGCCGGGACCGACGCCCGCACCCAGGGACCCGCUCUCGUUUACCGUCCUCGGACCUACGUCCCGGCCCCACUCCCUGCCAAGACCCCCAAGUCCCAGCAGCCUACUCCCGAUGGAACCCCCGAGAAGACGCCCAAAGAUCUCCGCAUCAACACUGAGCUGCACCGCCGCGCACUGGAGGAAGAGGAGCUCACUCCGGAUAGCAUGUCCUCGCGUCUGGUUGACUCGGCGAUUGGCGGUAUUGACGGUGCGCUGAAGAGCGACCUUGUCUUUGAUCGCAUGGGCACCAGAAUUACUACACUCUGA